AUGGACGAACCGGAAACAUCGAAAUCCUCCGGCCAAAAUGGCUUUGCAGAAACGUCGAGCAUUACCCCAAUGGACAGCGUGAUCGCUUCCUCAUCCGGCGAUCAUCACUGGUACACUGUCAACCACCACCGGCCCACGUUUUGCAACUUUUGCCGCGGAAAGCUGAGCGGGGUGCCGUGGCACGGCCUUGGGUGUGAAGUAUGCAAAGUGAAAGCCCAUAAGCACUGCGCCGAGCGGAUACGAGAGCCCUGUAAAUGGACCGUGGAUGCCAGUAUACCCCCACAAUUGCAAUAUGUUAACCCGGAGAACACCCUAAUGCCGCAUCAAUUCGUCGAAGGCAACCUGCCAAUGUCAUCAAAAUGCGUAGUAUGCGAGAAAGUUUGCGGUUCGGUGCUGAAGUUGCAGGACUGGCGAUGCUUAUGGUGUUCCUGUUGUGUCCACGACGCCUGCCUAUCCCAACUGGCUCGAGGGUGCUCACUCGGAAAUUGGGCAUUAUCUGUACUACCGCCACUUGCCAUCAGAACCGUUGAGAAGGAGGGCCAAGUGAGCUUACGAGCCGACGCCUACGGUGGUGACUGUGGAGGCGGCUCCCCGUUGCUGGUUCUCGUGAAUAGUAAAUCCGGUGAUAAUCAAGGUCAACGCAUGAUCCGAAAAUUCCGAAGAUUACUGAACCCGGUGCAAGUAUUUGACAUCUGCCUAAGCGGUCCGGCUCCGGCGCUGACCUUCUUCAACAGCUUCGACUCGUUUCGGGUGCUGGUCUGUGGCGGGGACGGGACUGUUGGCUGGGUGUUGAGCACCUGCGACAGGUUGAAUAUGCUUGGAAAGUGUCACAUGGCCAUCCUCCCCCUUGGAACCGGAAAUGACCUAGCAAGAGUCCUGGGCUGGGGCCACGCCUUCUAUGAUGACAACCAACUACCUCAACUUGUUCGGACGUUUGAAAGAGCGCAUACAACGAUGUUAGAUCGGUGGAGUGUAUAUGCAAUGGAUGAGGUGCUCUACGAUGCUGUAAGAAACUUUGAAAAGCGGCUGGCUGAACGGGUUGAAGAUGUGCUGAGUGCCGAGCAGCCGAAGAAGGUCAUCGAGUCCUCGAAAAAGCUCUGCAUCACCGCCAAGGAGCUGAUCGAAAAAGUAGCAGCGACGUAUGGCCAAGUCGAGGAAUGGGAAGCACAAGCCGGGACCCCGACUGAUGAUCCAAUUUCUCAGACAUGCUCGACCUUCCUAGCCAAACUCGACUCCCUGAUGAAAGAGCUCCCAGAAUCGCCGACAUUAGACGAAAGUGGUUUUGAGCAGGACAAUGAUGAUGAGAGUCAACGAGACAGUGAUGACGAGCGGAUGAGAAGAGAAUCACUGGUCGGAAGGGCGAACAGCUUGAAGAAGGCGCUUCGGGAGAUGAUGGAAGUGGCAGAGCGGGGGAUCGAUAACUAUUCUGAUGCCAAGGCCUCCACAAAACGAGAGCGAUUCCGGAAAAAGCGGAGUAAAACGACGCCCUCGGCUUUGAAACAUGAGCACGAGCAUUUGACGAUGAAGCUGGAGAGUAUGAGCAUCGGAAUCCAACCUCCUACCCCGGCCGCAAACUCCCGAGAACAAUCCACCCUCUGGCCAGAAGACUAUAAAGAUGCAAAACAUUUGGUGGACCGACCAGAGCCAGAGGAAGAUGAUGGAAAUAUAGAAAGACCAGACCGCCUCUUCAAGCCCUCCUCAGAAGGCCAUCUGUACACCCAGGCGGGCAGCGAGAUCAAGAUGAGCCACUCGGAUAGCAGUAUCUAUGAUUUUUCAGAACACUCCACUGAUGUACCGUCGACAUCUACUGCCAUUUUGACGCCUAGAACACCAGGGACUGUCGCGUGGAACAACCGGAUAAAGGGCAAGAAGAGAUCGGUGGCUGAGGCGCCGGCGCAGAGAAAUGGUUUUCCUCUUGGAAUGAGAGGCUCCUCGCUGAUCGCCGAACUCCUGCUCCUCAACGCCAAAGUGCUCGGAUUUGCCAACGCGGGGCAUGGAGUGGGCACCAGAGACCAAUUCAAAGAGCUGAAGGUGAUGAACAACUACUUUGGGAUCGGGCUGGACGCCAAGAUCGCGCUCGAUUUCCAUAAUAAACGGGAAGAAGGCGGUCCGGAUAAGACACGAAGCCGCUCGAAACUCCUAUUUUGGUACGGGAUGCUGGGUGGGAAAGAGCUGAUGCACAGAACCUACAAGAAUUUGGAGCAGCGGAUACGACUGGAAUGUGAUGGAAAACUGCUAGAACUUCCAAAUUUACAAGGAAUCGUCAUCCUGAAUAUUCCAUCCUACUCCGGCGGCGCCAACUUUUGGGGCAACGCCCGGGACGAUACCUUUAAAGUGCAGUCGUACGAUGAUAAGUUAUUGGAGGUCGUCGCCCUAUUCGGAGUUAUCCACGUCGCAACAUCGAGAGUUCCAAACAUGGUCCGGUUGCAAAAUCACCGCCUAGCCCAGUGUAGAAGCGUGAAGAUCACCAUCAUCGGAGACGAGCCACUUCCGGUCCAAGUCGACGGCGAGCCCUGGUCCCAACCGCCAGGUGUCCUAAUGAUCCAGCAUAAGAACAGGGCCCAGCUUUUUGGUCCGAACCCGGCCUUUGAAGCCUGUCUAAAGAAAUGGGACACGAAACGGGAAAAGUCGACAGCCCCAAGCACACCAACUGCUUUGGCGGUUGAAGAGGCACCGUUUACGAGGAGAGCAGCCGAACUCGUCCAACUCGUCGAAUCCGAACUCGCCUGCCUUGGCGUUUCCCAAGCAUUUUUGUCAGCGCUGGAAAACGCCUCGACCGCCGUGCAACGCCUGGAUGAAGCCAGCUAUCGUAACGCUAUGAGGCUGACAAAUUGCCAUAUUUUGGGAUGCCGGAAAAGGACCGGUGAUGCGGCAUCGUUUGCAAAU